AUGCAACAAGGAGGAAAAGAAAGAGAGGGGAGAAAAAAAGCUCCCGAUACCCAAUCAAUGGCAAGACGAAGUGAUUGCCUUGCCUCUCGGAUUCCUCUCGGCAGCGUGGAAAACGAGCCCCGGGAAGGCAACUUCAACUCAUCCACACUCGCGUGCAGAGCACUCCGGUUCCAACAAGUCAGCCGAUCCCGGGUUCAGCCGGCUAGUGCAUCUUGCAGCUGGGGCGCCGUAACCUCACAAAUCCCUGCAUCUCUCUUUAUUCCCUUCUGCAGCGGCUCCGAGACUCCGGCGGUGUUUACUCCUGCGCUCGCGGGGCCGGCCCCCGGGACGCGCGGCGGCCGGGCUGCAGGCGGCGGCGGCGGCGCUGGGCGGCGGCGGCGGCGCGUCCUCCCCGCGGGCAGUGCCGGCCCCGAGCGGCGCUUCGCAGGCCCUCGCGCGACCGCUGCCGACCGCCGCGUUCGGUCGCCGAAUGUUACCCGGUUCUGA